GACGCCAUUGUGCAGGCAGAGGAAGCCGGGCGACGUGCUGCCCUUGGGGCCGCGCGGAGCGGCGCGACAGCCAUUGCUGCUGCGGAAGCGCUGGGCCUGACGGAGACGAGCGACCGCGACGCCAUUGUGCAGGCAGAGGAAGCCGGGCGACGUGCUGCCCUUGGGGCCGCGCGGAGCGGCGCGACAGCCAUUGCUGCUGCGGAAGCGCUGGGCCUGACGGAGACGAGCGGCCGCGACGCCAUUGUGCAGGCAGAGGAAGCCGGGCGACGUGCUGCCCUUGGGGCCGCGCGGAGCGGCGCGACAGCCAUUGCUGCUGCGGAAGCGCUGGGCCUGACGGAGACGAGCGGCCGCGACGCCAUUGUGCAGGCAGAGGAAGCCGGGCGACGUGCUGCCCUUGGGGCCGCGCGGAGCGGCGCGACAGCCAUUGCUGCUGCGGAAGCGCUGGGCCUGACGGAGACGAGCGGCCGCGACGCCAUUGUGCAGGCAGAGGAAGCC